GGAUCCUGCCAAAUUCCACACUCAUUCCUUAGUUCAUGCUGACCGGAAGCUCGGAAGAACUCUAUAAGCAGAUAUAUCGGAAGCGGCCGGAUUAUUUGAUUCCAGGCCUUCGCUCCUUUAUUCAUACUCUCGGUAAGAGUCUAGGACGUCUCCUCACGCUCGUCAAGAAUCACUAUCCGAUCUCACGACUUUCCUGCCAGCUGACUCGCAAGGCUCGGCCCCCGUUCCCUUUUGACUAGCCUGUGUCUCAAACCAUAUCAUUGGCUACUCCCGACUGCACCCUGACCACCGGCAUUUUCGGUGUCUGGAUAUGUCCCUUCCCUUUCUCACGUAUAAUGCUCGACAUGCAAGUCCCUGGUAAGAUCUACGGCCGCCCUUCGACCGCAUGUGAUUUCUCGCGUUCUUUAUCAGUCUUUACGAACUGAAGAAUCUCUCCUGACGCUUUGAUACGACAUCACAGUGCGCCUCUCGCGCUUCCCUCCCUCCCUCUCUCCCACCACCAUGCCUGUGCGGACCAGGGCCAAAGCUUCAAGCCCCGACGUCAAGUUGGCGCCGCUGCCGACCGAGGUGCAGCGUGAGAUUAUGCGCCUUGCAGGAGUCAUCGAGCCGGGGUGUAUGCCCAAGAUGAUGCUCGCUUCGAAGAAAGUGCGAGACUGGGUCGAACCUUGGAUCUACCGUGUGCUUCGAAUCGACUCUGUUUCCCCCGAAAGCCUAUUAUUUCAAGAGCUUCUGGAUGGGAAAAAGCGCAACAAGACAACGACAGCCGAGCGCUCGUGGACGCCAUUUCGCGUGCACACCUUACAGAUAGCUUUCAUAGGCCAGAUUCGACCCGACCUCGUCGAGAAGGUCCUGUCGAUCUGCGUCGCGGCGACAGACACCGCGUUCUUCGACCUCCCCUUCUCGCUGAACCCGACCAUCACCCCCCUGCUCGAGUCCCGCCCCCUGCGCCGGCUGACGGUGCAGUUCAAGGACCUGUUCCCAUCGGACCAAUCGCUUCGCGUCGAUUUUACGCAGCCGCUGUUCGCGUCGAUCACGCACAUGAACAUGCUCGACGCGUUCGCGACGGGCUACCAGAACUGCGAACGGAUCGGACGGAUGCCGGCGCUGACGCACAUCGCCUUCCGCGAGCAGGCGGGCUCGAACAACUUCUGCCGCAUCCUCUUGGCCGACUGCCCGCUGCUGCAGAUGCUCGUGAUCAUUUCCUCGGAGGAGUCGCUGUCGAUGUAUUACAAGGACGCGCGGGCCCCGUUCACUGAGGAUAAACGGCUGGUGCAACUGGUGCUGAAAGACCCUGCAGAUGAUUGGGUGCGGGGAACCCUGGGGGAGGAUGACGUCUGGACACGAGCUGCUGCGAUCAUACGUCAAAGAUGAUGAUGCGCGUGGGAUCGAGAUUGGAAUACACCCCCACAAGUACCGACUUACUUACCAUGAUGAGCUAGCGAAGACAUUCGAGAUGAUAUAAGAAUCUGCGCAAGCAGGGCUGCACUGACUUGAGUCGAUCCAAGCACCACGCAUUCACCUCGCGACUUACGGCUGCGUUGAAGGUCGUGAGUAACAGAAGCUUCA